UAAUAAAAAACAAGAGGAGAAAAAGUGGAGUUUGUUGGGAGUAGAACCAGUUGGUCCAAAAAUGAGUAGUUUGAAAGCGGUGGUUCUCAUCACUGGAGAGAACAGCAUCAGAGGCUCUCUUCACUUCGUCCGGGAUCCCAAUGGGCCUACCCAUGUGAAAGGAAGGAUAACAGGUCUCUCUCCAGGCCUUCACGGGUUCCAUAUUCAUGCCCUUGGUGAUACUACCAAUGGUUGCAACUCCACGGGACCUCAUUUUAAUCCAUUGAAGAAGGACCAUGGAGCUCCCGCUGAUAAGGAGCGUCACGCCGGCGAUUUGGGUAACAUCCUUGCUGGCCCAGAUGGAGUUGCUGAGGUUUCGAUAAAGGAUUGGCAGAUUCCUUUAAGUGGGCCUCAUUCAAUUCUUGGGAGAGCAGUUGUUGUGCAUGCUGAUCCUGAUGAUCUUGGAAGAGGUGGACAUGAACUCAGCAAGUCUACUGGCAAUGCAGGAGCAAGAGUUGGAUGUGGUAUUAUUGGACUUCAGUCAUCUGUUUAGAAUUGUCGUUGCACUGCAUAUAUGAUAAAAGGGUGUUUUUUACGUUUAUUUAUUUUUGUUGGUGUGGGUGAUGGAUGGAAGUGGUUCAUUGAGAACCCACAAAACUAUGCAAAGCAUUAUCAUGCUUCUAAAAGGCGAAGCUGGAGCUUUAAAAAAAAAAAAUCCCAUAAAAGAAAGUAGUUUUCAGACGGUUUAAGCUCAUAAUUAUUGGUGGUUUUGUUCUCAAUGCGUUGAGCCUUGAGGAUUACUUUUAUAGGCUUGAGUCAUUUAUGAGACGUUUGUUUCAAG